AUGCAGCGUCUACGCUAUGCUUUGGCACUUUUCGCUGCUGCUGGCUCAGCAGUAGCACGUCCCUCUCUUGUUGACUAUGGAUCUAUGUCCAUGAACAAUAUCUUCGGCAGAGAAACAACCGAUUUCUUCAAUCCAGAUGACUUGACGUUCAUCAAAAAGCUUGCAGCUGUGGGUGACUCAUACUCAGCAGGCAUUGGAGCUGGAGACGGCUUACACGGCGAAGGCGAUGAGAACUGCCGGCGAUAUGACCAUUCUUACCCAUAUCUCAUCAAUCAAGAUGAGAGACUAGGCGACGCAGCCAACAGGAAGUUCCAGUUCAAGUCUUGCUCUGGUGCGGUCAUCAAGAACGUGAUUGAAGAUCAGCUCCCUUCGAUAGACUCCGAUCAGCAGAUUAUUCUCUUGUCUGCCGGUGGCAACGAUGCUGAGCUUGUUAACAUCCUGAAUCAAUGUGUCUAUCAAUGGUUUGCUUUGAACGACCAGCACUCUACUGUAGGUAAAGUUGCAGAGCUGAAAGGUGAGCCAUGGGCCAAGGGAUGGGACUGGGAUGCUGCGUCUCGCGGCUGUCUAGGUCAGCUCCAAUACUCCAAGAACAUCAUCAACACCGAUGAGUUCUCCAAAAGAAUCGACUCGAUGAUCGAGGCUACCAAGAAGAAACUCUCGUCAGAGUAUGCCAAAUUUUGGAGCACUGACUAUGGGUCUGCUUGCGACAAAGUGUCAUGGUCAACCUGGAUAUUUAAAUCAUACAACAUUUGGCAGCCUGCCGCUCGUCUUGAAGAGUUGCGCCGAAGAGAGAUGAACAGGCUGGUUGAUCUCAUCAACGACAAGAUUGAAGCCGCUGUCAAGAGAGCAGGCGACAAGGUGACAUUCAUCAACUACGAUGAGUAUGUCGGCCACUUCAAAGGCCGAUACUGCGAAGACGGCGUUGACGAGUCGGUGGUGGAUAGCAAUACAAGACCGGAGUUGAUGUUCUAUGAGCUCGAUACUUUUGACCCAUGGGGUAAUAGGCCGUGGAAGCGGAGUACUAUAGAGCACCAGAACGGUUCAUUCUCCGGUGACAUGAACACAAUGGCCCGAGCAGCUGAGUUCGUCGCACCAGAUGUGACUUUCAGGCAGGAGCACAAGAUUGAAGAUGAUUCUGAGAUCCAGGGUCUCCAGGCUGCAGCUAAAGAGGGGGCUACUGAGGAUGUGCCGAAUCUUUUGCCUGACGGCUAUGGCCGUGUUUUCCAUCCCCAGAUUUUGCUACAUGAGCUUAUCGCCAACCUCGUUCUUUUCGAGGUCUCCAACCGCCGCAUGGAGGACAACGACAUGGCUCCGGAACCUCUUCUUGACACAUCGGUAGCGCAGUGCCCGAUCAAUCCUUCUGGCAAUAUUGUCCUGAAGUACAAGGAGACCGAACCGGGAGAGGCAGUCAAGAAGGGUACCGAGCUGAGGAUCCUCCCGGUCGGUGACUCUAUCACAGUGGGUUAUCUGAGCGACAGGAAGGGAGGCGAUGGGAAUGGCUACCGUGGGCAAUUGAAGAAGGAUCUUUCUGGAGACAAGGUCGUCUUUGCUGGUACAGAGUCAUCGGGUACAAUGACCGAUGGAAACUAUGCAGCAUGGUCUGGAAAGACUAUCCAGUACAUUUCUGAUCACGUCGACCCAUCCCUCAAGCAGCGUCCCAACAUCAUCUUACUCGCAGCUGGUACCAACGACAUGAACCCCAACCAUGGCAUCUCGAAAGAGGGGAACGAUCCAAAGGGUGCUGCUGAUCGACUUGGCAAGCUCAUUGACAAGAUGGUCAAGGCAUGCCCGGAUGCAACCAUUUUAGUAGCCAUGAUCAUCAACACAUGUGAUGAGAAACAAUCACCUGCUACAAAGGAGUUCCAGAAGCUUGUUCCUGGUGUUGUUAGGUCGCGUCGUGAUGACGGUCAGCACGUUUUGGCCGUGGACUUCACAACCUUCAAGACGAGCGAUCUCCAAGACUGCAUCCACCCUACCAACGACGGGUACAAGCUUAUGGGCGACUAUUGGUACAGCUUCAUCCACCAGAUCCCCAGCAGCUGGAUCAAGAAGCCAGUUGGACCAGACCCCAGCGGCGGUGACGGUACUAAUGGCGGUAUUGAUAAGAACAUCCCUGCCCCGGAUUGGGGAAAGAGUCCUAUUCAGGUCACUUCGAAGAAGACAGUCGCAGAUGCAGCAAAGUAUGCAACUGGUGGAAAGGACAAGUACGUUACUUGUAAUGGCAACCCUUGGUACAAGGGUACCGGAAAAAUUGCUCAGGGCGGCGUUGGUAAGAAUGGUGAUUGGAAGUAUCACAAGGACUGGAAAGCCGAGGGUCAAGUUGCCGAGGGACUUGGCUUGGACAAUCAAUAUGUCAGAUUGCAUGACAUGAAUGGCGAUGGCAAAGCGGACUACGUAUGGAUUCAUCCCAAGACCGGAGAGAUCACCUGCUGGCUCAACAAUCUCCCCAAACCAUGGUCAAAGGCUGGUAGUAACAAUGGUAUCAUCGGCAGCGGAGUUGGUCCCGCGAAGACUAUCUAUCUGGCGGAUAUGAAUGGGGACGGGAUGGAUGAUUACCUCGUGGUAGACCCAGACAACGGCUCUGUUCGCGUAUGGUGGAACUAUGGCCCCGAUGACAGCUGGGACAACGGCUGGAAAUUUGUUCCUGGCGGCGAGAUCGCUUCGGGAGUGCCGCAUGCCAACCUCGAGACUUUGCGAUUCCCAGACAUCAACGGUGAUGGGCGAGCUGACUAUGUCUACAUUGGUGAAGGUGGAUCACUGAAACAUCAUCUGAACACUGGUUCUGUCGGAGGACGAGAUGUUCUAUUCCAUGCCAUGGGAGGUAUCGCUACUGGUGCCGUCAGUGACAUCUCGAAGUUGGUAUUUGCUGAUAUGAAUGGAGAUGGCCGUGAUGACUAUUUGAUCUGGGAUGAAGACGGCGGCCUAACAGGAUUUCUCAACCAGCCUACUAACAGGGAGGGUGUUCCUCUCUUCGUCAACCAGGGUCCAGCCAAGACCAUUGCAGAUGGUAUCAAAAAGAAGCCAAGCACUAUUCGAUUAGCAGACAUGGAUGGUGAUGGGAAGGACGACUACGUCUACGUUGGCGACCAUGGUGCAAUUUCAGUCUGGUAUAACAGAGGGACUACCGAUGACUCUAUGGCGAUUGACGGCCUUCGUUUUGCUGACAUGGAUGGUGAUGGAGUGGAUGAUUAUGUCUGGCUUGAUCCCAAGACGGGAGCUCCAACGGUUUACCUCAACUCUGGAGUCAAAGAUGGAGACUCUCUUGGAUGGGCAUGGAGCCCGAUCAAUGGCGGCAAGCCAAUCGCUUCUGGUGCUGCACCUGCAAACCAGGUCGUUUUUGGUGACAUCAAUGGUGACGGGUUGGAUGAUUACCUGAAUCUGGACCCUAAAACCGGCUUGUUGAAAGCGUAUCUCAAUUUGGGGCGGGAGUCAGACUGGAAGUUUCGGCCUAUAGGCACGAUCGCAUCAGGCCUCGGGCCAGGGAAGCGAGUGCGCAUUGCCGAUAUUGAUGGUGAUGGGCGCGACGACUACAUCUUUCUCAAAGACAACGGUGGCACAACCAUCUACCGCAACAUCUAUGGGCCCGAUAACGACGGCGACAAGUAUGCCCCGAUGUCAGACGCAGAUGCUUCGGGCAUCAACCAAUCACCGGACGAGAUUGACUUCAUAGACAUGAACGGCGAUGGAAAAGCGGACUAUGUCUGGACAUCCAGACUCGAUGGCAGCGUCAAGGUUUGGUACAAUGACUACCCUAAGAAACCUACCUGGCGAGAAGCAGGAGAAGUCGCAGGCGGCGUCGGGACAUCUGGCGCAAACAUCCGAUACGCGAAGCUACAGAAGACGGGCCGAUACGAUUACGUCGCCGUCGAUCCCAAGACGGGAGCUAUCGCUGCAUGGCUCAAUGGGUGCGGCGACCCUGAUACUUCCAAGAAGAAGCACAGAAUCACUAUCGCCCGAUAUCUCACCACGGUAUGGCUCAUCGCGGAAAAGCCUGUGAACGAGGACUUCUCUUCCGAUACUUGUGUCAAGACAGGAAAGGGCGGAGACACGCGUGGUACUCCGAUUUUAAAUACAACAGCUGAGGACAAGUUUCCCGCUGCUCUGAAGAGUGGUGAUACCAUGGAGAAGCUUUAUGGCAAUACGUGUUUUUAUGAGGGUAGUACCGACAGAGUCGGAAAGCUUGUUUGUGAUGGUGUCAGUGGGAUUAGGUGCUACGAGGAUGAGAAGUUUGGGAAGACGCAGAAAUGUAGGUUUGGGUCUUACACGUAUGCUUUGUACUGCGAGUGGUAG